AUGAAGCCACGAUCAAUGCGCGACACGGAGACCUCGAGAAAAUUGUGGAUCAUCCCCGGCACAUUUCUGAGGUUCGGAUUGCCCCAGGAGAGCCACCAUCACCAUCAACUGCAUCCACACUCCAUGAGAGUGACAACAGAAAUCAAAGCUCUGCACAAGGCCCGGCCAAGCGCUGAUCAGGAUGUUCGAUUUUCGGAUAAGGACACGAAGCUCCUGAAGACACAGCGAUUCGCAAAAAUAUUUGAUAAACCUGUGGAUAUGAAGAAGGUGAAGAAGGAAGUAAUUUACCCGUGGAUUGCUAGAAGAGUGACUGAGCUCCUUGGAGUUGAAGAUGAGGUUCUAAUCAAUUUCAUUUUUAGUCUACUCCAAGACGAGGUGGAUCCCAAACGCAUGCAGAUACAGCUGACAGGGUUCCUGGAGAAUCACACGACUACUUUCAUGAAGGAAUUAUGGAAAAUCCUCCGUAACGCUCAUCGCAAUGAGCACGGGAUUCCGCAGAAACUUCUGGACGAAUUCGCCGAGGAGAAUGGAUUAAUUCCCACUGAGGUGGGAGACGCGAGAAAAAAGGCGCUGGAAGCUGCUGCAAAGCUCUCCUCAGAUAUCUUGGAGGAGUCUCAAAAGGAACGCGGGACGAAAGAAGACCACAAUGUUCCGCCGAUCGACAGAGAUGCUGAUUUACAGAGAAGCAACCGAAGCAAUAAUUUCCACGCACAUGACGAUGACUGGAGAAGGAAGCGCUCUCUCAGUGCAGCUGAACGACGGGAUUUUAAUACGCACAAGCGUAGAAGGUUCUCCAACCAUCAUGGAAAUCGUUACAAUCACGGAGAUCGAUUUCCAGCCAAUAGUACCCAUCGCUUUGGUCGAUCGUCUGACUCUCACCAACAGCCUCAAUGGCAUCGCAACUUACGACGUAAUAACUGCAACCAACCACAAUCAUGCUCGUCGGGGAAAGCUUACAAAAGGGAGGGUACUGGAAGGUCUUUCCGAAGCAACAACUCUAACCAGCGUAUUUCCGCCACAUACGCACCUGGAUUCAACCGCUCGCGGCAUGGGACUAAUUCACUGGCAGAGCUGAAUGUCAACAUUGAACGGCAAAUGACGUACCCUCCUGGAUUUGAGAAAAAAAACGACGCUGAGCUUCACGACCCCCAAUCACCACCCCCGGGAUUUGAAUGUCGUCGAGAAUGCCGUUCUCAGAUCCAACCAAGGAGUUUCAAGAGGCAUUUUUCUCCUCACUUCAGUCGGAAGAGCCAGCCUGAUGCGCGUCAGGGUUUUGAAGGGCCAUGCGACGAAGCUAAGCACGGAGGACAGCCUCGGCGCACUGAGGACACUGCUGUAGCUACUCCUGUCGCUGCUCAGGUUGAAAACCAUCUGUGUGCUGGUGCGGAACAUCCUGCUGGUGGAUCUGUGCAGGACAUUGGAGGUGGAACUGUUCAAGUUGCUGUUGACGGCGAAAGGUUUGUUUCUCAAGCUGCUUUCAGUACUGCACGAGCCUCUUCUGAAGCCUUGGCUGCAAAAGCUUGUGGACUGGAAGAUGCUGCUGAUGGACAGGCCAAGUUGUAUGGAAGGCCCAACCAGAAGAAUUUCAGUCACCAGGUUGAAGACAUGGACAUUUCAUCUGAAGAUGAGUCGUCUGUGAAGAAGGGCGUGGUGGAUUCAGCAGGCUCCGCAGGAGAGUGGGAGGGCAUGGAGACAAGGGACGAGAGGAAGGCAAGGAAGAGGGAAAGGCGGCGCCAGAAGGAAGAGAAGAGGGCACGGAAGGAGGAGAGACGGAAGAGGAGGCAGGAGAAGCGGCAACGUAAGGCAGAGAAGCAGGCUGCCAGGGAGGCGAGCAAGAAGGCAGAGAGGGCUGGAGAUCAUUCAGAAGACUGGGUGCCCCUCCCAGUGAUGGAACCUGAAGCGUUGAAGCAAGAUGCGGAGAUUCACAUAUGUUCCCAGGAUUUUGAGGAGCGAGACAGGAGGUGGCUCGACACUGUGCUCCUGGAUGGUCCUGCUGACAUUUCACAACCUGAGGACCCUGAUUGGUGUUCCAUGCCGAAGCUGGCAGCAGCAGGCAAGGCUGUGAUGGAAUCUCAGGAUCAUCACAAGACAAUCACUGCAGAUGAACAGCGGAAAGCAGAUCUGGAGAGGGAUUUGAGGAUGAAGGUGAUGCAUUCUUUCCAAGCAAGGCGCCUGACAGUUGGAGAUGGUGCUUGCUAG